AACACAUCUGUCUUUACUCUUAUUUUAAUCAUCUUUUAACCCCUUUGCUUUCUCACUGUCUGCCUCCACAUCAGACACAGGCCAGGCUGGUUGUUUGGAAAUGAAGCUGUGUCUUCUUCUUUUCUUGCUUUGUCUCUGCUGUCUGGGACUGACUGAGGAGCUCAGUCCAGGAGUUCCUGAUGUCUCUAAACCUGUGGAUGAAGAGGAGGAGAUGGAGGAGGAGGUCCUCAGCUGUGGAGGAGGGCGGGCGUUCAGCCCCGAGGACCGCAGGGCGAUAGGGGGCGCCAUAGAGCGACUGGGUUUACAGCUCCUGGAAAAGCUCCCUGUUGGUCCACAGCAGCCCAACGUCAUCCUAUCCCCUCUCAGCCUGGCGUUGGCCCUCGCUCAGCUCACCUUAGGUGCUCGCAAUGAGACAGAGAAGCUGCUGCUGGAGAGCCUUCAUGCCCUCAAUCUGCCAUGUUACCAUCAUAUCCUGGGAGGCCUCAUACCUCAUUUCAGAAACACAUCGCUGGAAGUGGCAGCACGCAUGUACCUGCGACCAGGGUUUGAAGUGAAGUUGUCGUUUGUUGAGGACUCUCUGGCCAGGUACCAAUCGUCCCCCGUCCCUCUGGUCUCUGUGGAGGAUGUGAACCAAUGGGUGGAGAACGCCACCAAUGGUCACAUCUCCAACUUCAUGGAAAGUAUUCCACACAACGUGGUGCUUAUGCUCAUGAACGCUGUGUACUUCAAAGGUGCGUGGCAGACACAGUUUGACCCCCUGGUGACCUCUAAGGGAGCGUUUUACCUCGACGACCAGAACUCGGUGUCGGUUGAUAUGAUGAAGUCUGCCCAGUACCCUCUCCGCGUGCUGAACGAUCCAGAACUGGAAUCACAGGUUGCCAGUUUUCCCUUCAAGGGAAACACCAGCUUCUUGAUCGUCAUGCCUUUGCUGGGCAGAGGAAACGUUUCGUCUGUGCUUCCCAGACUGAACAUCUCCGACCUUUACAGACGUUUACCUCGCAGGCCAACGUACAUGCAGGUCAACUUACCCAAGGUGAAGCUGCAGUACCGCAAGGAGCUCCAGGAAGCGCUGACCAGCAUGGGCCUCGGAUCUCUGUUUUCAGGUCCGAACCUUUCUGGGAUUUCCGACCAGCCUCUGAGGGUGAUGGCUGUCCGCCACGCCAGCACCAUAGAGCUCAGCGAGGAAGGCGUGGAGGCGUCCGCCACCACCGCUGUGACCUCCAUGCGCUCCGUCUCCCUCUUCUCCGUCAACUCCCCCUUCCUCUUCGCCCUCGUUGAUGACGCCUCCCUGACCCCCCUCUUCAUGGGCAUCGUGACUAACCCCAACCCCGACAACGACCCCAUGCUUAAUGAUGAUCCCGGCAGCAACAGCACCAUGAGCGACCAACCUGCGAUGGAGAACGUCAGGAAAGGAGACUUAAAUGCGAUACACAACAACAGGCCAUGCAACGAGAUGGAGCCGGCGGAGGGCAGUCACAUGAUGUCGUGUAGCGCCCCCGCUGGUGAGAGGGAGCAGCUGCAGAAGAAGAAGUAACAGAGACGAAAAAACUGCUCCAAAUCAGACGACUCUGCGCCUGCAUGAAGUUUAGACUUUAAGGAAUAGUUCGACACUUUUUGUAAAUACAGUAAAGUGUAUUUAAAUUGUCAAACUUUUCCUAUAAAGUUCAGAUGUGCAGCAGACGAUCGACACUUUGGUUUUGUUGUUCAACAUUGAAAAAUACGAAUGUACUGAAAAUAUAUGUAUGGCGCAAAUGAAUAUUUGUGUAAUCUCACUACAUAAUUUAAGAAGAUUAAUUAUGUUUUAUGAUAUUUGUCAGGUUUCUGAUGUCAUAAUAAUGUCAA